GCGAAAAAAGUUUACAUAUUAAUUACUCUUCAAAAUGAUGCGUUAUUCGGAACCAGGCGAAAAAUUGAAAGAUAAAUCGAGAUGUGCUGCACUUCGAGCGGACUUGAAAAUGUGUUUGUUAGAAAGUGAUUGUUGCAAAAUUCAUAAACGUACACCCAGAGAAUGUCUUUUAAAAAAAGAUGGAACUGUACCAGAGAAUUGCUACCUACUGAAACAAACGUUUUUUGAAUGCAAACAUUCACUUAUUGAUGGAAGACGAAGAUUUAGAGGGCCCAAAGGUUAUUAGUAUUAUAUCAUACUUCAAUUAUAUUUCGUGUAUUCGAAGUUUCUAUAAACCUGUAAAUAAAUUCUCAGCUAUACAGCUA